AGAGAUUGCCCUGCUUGCCAAGGUCAAAGAGCUGUCACCAUUAAAUAUUAACUUGUUUUGCUUUGUUUUGCAGAUUGUUUGAACCGACUUUGACUCAGUCAGAAUACCUUCACACAGUUCAGAUGUUUUCCUUUUCAUAGAGAUUGCAACUUUUUAGGUAUCUGACUGUGCUUUUGCAAGAAUAAAAAGAUUGAAGCAAGAUGUUGAGCAUGAAGUAACAGAUAAAGAUAAAAUGGAAGCCUACUGAAAAUUGAGGAGAUCCCAAGCAAAAUGUCUCAGGAAGAGGAUGGGAUGAAAUCAGGUGACAGCUUACCUCAUCACCAAACUCCAAUCUCUUCUUCAGUGAGCUUGGAAAGUGACAGAUCCAAAGGUGAACCUUUGAACUUUGAAAGUGAAGAUCAAAGCUCACUUCAUCGCCAAACUUCGAACUCUUCUUCAGUGAGCUUGAAAAGUGACAGAUCCAAAGGUGAACCUUUAAACUUUGACAGUGAAGAUCAAAGCUUACCUCGGCUCCAACCCUCGAACUUUUCUUCAGUGAGUUUGAAAAGUGACAGAUCCAAGGAUGAACCUUUAAACUUUCACAGUGAAGAUCAAAGCUUACCUCGGCUCCAACCCUCAAACUUUUCUUCAGUGAGUUUGAAAAGUGACAGAUCCAAGGAUGAACCUUUAAACUUUGACAGUGAAGAUCAAAGCUUACCUCGGCUCCAACCCUCGAACUUUUCUUCAGUGAGUUUGAAAAGUGACAGAUCCAAGGAUGAACCUUUAAACUUUCACAGUGAAGAUCAAAGCUCACGUCAGCACCAACCCUCGAACUCUUCUUCAGUGAGUUUGAAAAGUGACAGAUCCAAGGAUGAACCUUCAAACGUUGACAGUGAAGAUCAAAGUGUUUCUAAUGACAACCAACCUGAAACAUCUGGACCAGCUGACACAGGAAAAAAUACCAAAGGAUCAUUUUCAACGAAAGGAGAUGCCACGGAAGUAAAACACCUGAAGGAAGAAAUUACUAAGGAGGAGGAUCAACAUAAAAAUGACCCAAAACUCUCUCACAUAGUAAUGCUUGAAAGUGGGGGAAGGAAACCAGUCUCGCUCAAAGAUUUAUUUGCCAACAAUAAAUCUCGGCUUCAAAACUUUCGUGGGUCCAAAAAUGUGCGAACUGUACUAAUGGAAGGAGUCCCUGGAAUUGGUAAAACAUACCAAACAAAAAUGUUCAUCAACGACUGGGAAAAAGGAAAAUCCAACAAAGACAUAAAGGCUUUAGUGACCCUUGAUUUCACUGAGUUGAAUAAAAAGAUGGAUGAAGUAAAAAGCAUGGAAUCUCUGCUGGAUGAUUUCUUCAACAAAAAUAACGUUGACGUUUCAAAAGAUGACAAGAAAAAGAUAUGUUUCAUUCUUGAUGGCCUGGAAAAAUGUGAACUUCCUCUUGACUUUGUAAACAACAAAGAAGUUGAAGACUUGAAGGAAGCAGCAUCAAUGGAUGUGCUGCUAACGAAUCUGAUCAAAGGAAAUCUGCUUCCUGAAGCUCAUAUUUGGAUAAUUUCUCAACCAAAAGGAGUUGAUAAGAUUCCUUCUAAAUAUAUCAACAAAACUGUUCACUGUCAAGAAGAUGCCAAAGAAGAAAAAUACCUGAAAGAAGUAAUUCUUGAGGAGGUGGGUCGACAUGAAAGUGACUCACAACUCUCUGAGAUAGUGACGUUUGAAAGUGGGAAAAAGAACCUAAUCAAGCCCAAAGAUUUAUUUACCAACAAUGAAUCUCUGAAUUCCAAACAUCCUGGUAUGUCCAAAAAUGUGCGAACUGUACUGAUGAAUGGAGUCCCUGGUGUUGGAAAAACAUUCCGAAUAAAAAUGUUCAUGAUCGACUGGGCAAAAGGAAAAUCCAACAAAAACAUAAAGGCUUUAGUGACCCUUGAUUUCACUGAGUUGAAUAAAAAGAAGGAUGACGUAAAAAGCAUGGAAUCUCUGCUGGAUGAUUUCUUCAACAAAAAAAAUGUUAACGUUUCCAAAGAUGACAAGAAAAAGAUAUGUUUCAUUCUUGAUGGCCUGGAAAAAUGCAAACUUCCUCUUGACUUUGUAAGCAACAAAAAACUUAAUGACUUGAAGGAAGCAGCAUCAAUGGAUGUGCUGCUAACGAAUCUGAUCAAAGGAAAUCUGCUUCCUGAAGCUCAUAUUUGGAUAAUUUCUCAACCAAAAGGAAUUGAUAAGAUUCCUUCUAAAUAUAUCAACAGAACUGUUCUCUGUCAAGAAGAUGCCAAGGAAGAAAAAUACCUGAAGAAAGUAAUUCUUGAGGAGGUGGGUCGACAUGAAAGUGACUCACAACUCUCUGAGAUAGUGACGUUUGAAAGUGGGGAAAAGAACCUAAUCAAGCCCAACGAUUUAUUUACCAACAAUGAUUCUCUGCUUUCCAAAUUUCCUUAUAUGUCCAAAAAUGUGCGAACUGUACUGAUGAAAGGAGUCCCUGGAAUCGGAAAAACAUUCCAAACAAAAAUGUUCAUGAUCGACUGGGCAAAAGGAAACUCCAACAAAAACAUAAAGGCUUUAGUGACCCUUGAUUUCACUGAGUUGAAUACAAGGAAGGAUGAAGUAAAAAGCAUGGAAUCUCUGCUGGAUGAUUUCUUCAACAAAAAAAAUUUUGUUUACAAAGAUGACAAGAAAAAGAUAUGUUUCAUUCUUGAUGGCCUGGAAAAAUGCAAACUUCCUCUUGACUUUGUAAACAACAAAGAAGUUGAAGACUUGAAGGAAGCAGCAUCAAUGGAUGUGCUGCUAACGAAUCUGAUCAAAGGAAAUCUGCUUCCUGAAGCUCAUAUUUGGAUAAUUUCUCAACCAAAAGGAGUUGAUAAGAUUCCUUCUGAAUGUAUCAACAAAACUGUUCACUGUCAAGAAACCUCUGAGCAACAGAAGAAGUUAGAAUCAUGUCUGAAAAAUAGAUUUCUGAAAGAAAUCACUGACGAAAAAGAUGAAAUCAGUCAUCCAAACCAGAAAACAACAGAACAUGUCAUCAGAAGAGAAAAUGGCUCUGAAGAAGAGGAAAGUAAACAGAACAAGAUCACAAAAGUGAAAUCCACUUCUGAGAUCUUCAAAGAUGUGAAAGAAGAGAAAACUAGAACAGUGCUGACCAUUGGAGAAGCUGGUAUAGGAAAAUCUUUUCACAUGAAAAAAUUUAUUAAAGAAUGGGCUAAAAAGGGUAAAAAUACCUGGUCAUUUUUCACCUGGAUCAGAAGACCAUUUUCUAGCCAGGCAAAACCUGCAGAACUUUUGUAUCAACUUGACUUCUCAAAACUCAAUUUGAUAAAAAAUGAAAAUAUCAGUUUGUCUGAACUUCUUCAUCACUUCUUUGAGGAAACCAAAAAUAUCAUCAUCUCUGACUAUUCCCAGUUAAAUAUUGUAUUUAUUUUGGAUGGACUCAAUGCAUAUCAAGGUUGUUUAGACUUUGAAAACAAUGAAAACUUGACUGAUGUCAGAGAACCAACCUCAGUGGACGUGUUACUAACAAACCUUAUCAGAGGAAACCUGCUGCCAGAGGCCCAGAUCUGGAUAACCUCUCAGCCUCCAGCUGCUAAGAAAAUCCCUGAUGGCUUUAUUGACAGACUGACAGAAAUACGAGAGAAGCCUGAUAUCACAAGUCAAAGAAAACUCAAAAGUGAACUAAAAGAUCAAUUCACCAGUGUGUCUGAAGGGAUUGAUAGACAGAAGACCUCAGCUCUUCUCAACGAGGUCUUCACUGACCUCUACAUCACAGAAGGAGAGCGUGCUCAGAAUGAAGCCAUGCAGGUUCAGGAUGCAAAGUUUAAAACCACAGAUGAAGAAACAUCUAUUAAAUACUGCGACAUCUUUAAACCUGCAAAUAAUAAUCAAAACAUUAAGACUGUCCUUACCGUUGGAGUGGCAGGCAUAGGAAAAACAUUUGCCUCAAUGAAAUACAUACUUGACUGGGCAGAGAGCAAAGCAACAGAAAACAUUUUUUUCGUUUUUCCACUUCCAUUCCGAGAGUUAAAUCUAAGAACAGAUAAAGAGCACAGUUUACAAGAUCUGAUUCAUCAGUUCUUCCCAGCAAUGAGGACAUCUGAAAUAACUGACUAUGACAAAUACAACAUUCUGAUUGUUCUGGAUGGUUUUGAUGAAUGUCGUCUUGAUCUUAAGUUCAGUGAAACAAAUAAAUGGAGUGAUGUCACAACAUCAACCUCAAUAAAUGGUCUACUGUCAAAUCUCAUCCUGGGAAAUUUGCUCCCUAAAGCUCAAAUCUGGAUCACCUCCCGACCUGCAGCAUCCAACAACAUUCCUCCAGAAAACGUUGAUCGAAUGACAGAAGUGAGAGGAUUUAAUGAUGAGCAAAAGGAAAAGUAUUUCAUGAAGCGAUUCAGUGAUGAGAAUGUGGCUAAAAAGGUCUUGUCAUAUGUGAAGAAAUCAAGAACUCUUUACAUAAUGUGUCACAUCCCUAUUUUCUGUUUCAUCACAUCAAAGGUUUUGGAGGAUUUUGUUGAAAGAAAUCAAGAUGAUGAACUGCCAAAAACUCUGACUGACAUGUACACACAUUUCCUUUUGCUCCAGCGCAGACAGACAAAAGUAAAAUAUAAUACAGAUCAGUCAACCUCUGAAAUCUCUGGAACAGAGACAUUCUGUGAUAAAACUAUUGAUGAAACAAUCCUAUCUUUGGGAAAACUUGCUUUCAAAGGACUAGAGGAGAAAAACCUUCUCUUUACUGAAGAAGACUUGACCCGUUGUGGGACUGAUGUAACCAAAGCUGCUGUUUUCUCUGGGUUGUUCACUCAGAUCAAAAGAGAAAAUCACGAGCUGUACCCUCAGAAUAUGUUUUGCUUUGUCCAUCAAAGCAUUCAAGAGUACAUGGCAGCUCUCCAUGUCUUCUACUCAUUUAAUAACAAAGGAGAAAAUGUGUUUGUAGAAUCCAGCUCAGCAGCCUCAGAGUUUUAUAAGAAAGCAGUGGACAAGGCUUUUGAGAAUGAACAUGGGGACUGGGACAUGUUCCUUCGGUUCCUAAUGGGUCUCUCUCUGGAAUCUAAUCAGGAUCUACUUCAGGAUCUGAUAGAUAAGACUGAAAAACACAAAGUCACUAGUAAGGAAACAGCAGAGUACAUCAAAAAGAAGAUCAGAGAGAACAACAGUGACACAGAGAAAAACCUUAAUCUUUUCUACUGUCUUAAUGAGCUUAAUGACGACACGCUUGUUCAAGAAAUCAAAAAUUAUCUUAAGUCAGAAGAGAAACCUUUUGAAACUUUCACUGCUUCUCAGUGGUCAGGUUUAACCUUUGUGCUGCUGACAUCAGAUGAAAACCUUGAAGUGUUUGAUCUUAAAAAAUACCUGAAAUCAGAGAAAGUUCUUCUGGGAUUGAUGCCAGUGGUCAAAGUCUCAAACACUACUUUACUGAGUUGGUGUGAGCUCUCUGAAGAAUCUUGCAAUGGUCUGACAUCUUCAGUGCUAACCAAACCAUCCUCUAAUCUCACAUUGUUGGACCUGAGUCAUAAUGAUUUGCUGGAUGCUGGAGUGAAGCGACUUGCUGAUGGAUUGAAACAUGUGAACUGUAAACUAGAGACUCUCAAGCUGGCAGGAUGCCAGGUGACAGAGAAAGGCUGCAUUUCUCUGGCUGAAGCUAUUGAGUCCCAUAAAAACUCCUCUCUUAAACACUUGGACCUGAGUUACAAUGACCCUGGAGACAAUGGGAUGAGGGCUCUCAAUGCAAUAGUUGAGGAUCCAAACAUGAAACUUGAGCCUGUGAACUUUGACUAUGAAGGAAAACAUCGACUGAAACCUGGUUGGAGUAAAUAUGGUGCAGAUCUUAUAUUUGAUAAGAACUCAGCAAGCAGACGGCUUGUUCUGGUUGAAAACAACAAAAAAGCGAAAACUGAUGAUGAUGUCAAGAAGCAGCGAAAUACAAGUGAUGAAAGGUUCAAGAGGACCCAGGUAUUUUGUGAUAAAGGCCUGAACCAACUUUGUUACUGGGAAGUGGAAUGGAAAGGUAUGGUGGGAAUUGCUGUGGCAUAUAGAGAUGUGGGUAGAAACUGGGACUGUGAUGGUGGUCUGGGAUGCAAUGACAAGUCCUGGAGUCUGCUCUGCUCCAAGACUGGAUACAAAGCCAUGCAUAAAAACACAAAAGAAGAAAUCAAAGUCCCUACAUGCAACAAAAUAGGUGUGUUUCUUGAUUAUGAAGGAGGAACUCUAAGUUACUACAAUAUAACAUCAGAGAAGCGGAGCUUAAUUCAUACUUUCAAAUCAAAAUUCACAGCAGAGCUAUUUCCAGCCUUCUGGUUUGCGAAAGGUUCUGUGACUUUGUGUGACCUGUAGAUUUAUGAGUGCACAAGUUAGAAAGACUGUAAGCACUUAGAGCGAUAUGAAAAGCUGUUUUCCCCCUUCCUGAUUUCAUUUUUUUGCAUAUUUGUUACACUUCAGGGUUUCAGAACAUUAAAAAAAUACAUAUCAGUCAAAGACAACACAAUUAGAUGCAAAAUGGAGUUUUAAAUGCAUGUUUAUUAUUUGGACCCAGUGAGGUCAUCUUUUUGCAAUAUGUUUGUAAUGAAAAGUUUUCAUCACUUCAUAUUCAAGGUAUUCCUCAAAAUACAUGUUAUUGAUAUCAUGCAAUUCAAAUUUUUAAUUUAAUUCUUUUUAAUUCUUUUACACAUUUUAAGAAAUAUCAUGUUUUAUGUUUUAUCUGCCUAUGUAUUUUAUAUUUCAAAUACAAGCCUGUUAUUUAAACUAUUUGAUGAAAUCCAGAAUAUUUUUAUUAUAUUUUGUAUUCUGUAUUGAAAACAAAUUUGCUGAUUGAUAAAACUGACGUUUAACUUUUUCCUUU